AUGCCACGUGGACCCGAUUGCCUGAGCGCCUUCCCCUAUCUCAUCCCCGUUCCUGGGCCCCUGCCCUGCGGGGCUCUUGCCUUUCCACUUGACCUGGGCUGCUCUGGUGUCUGCCGCUUUGCAUUACUGGCUGUGAAAUGGUUUGUGCUGCAGGUGGAGGCCCCGGGUUCCUGCGAGGGUUCACCCGGAGGCUCGUCCUCAGCUGCUGGGGAGGUGGUGCGGGGGCCAGUAAGGCUGACAUUUCAGGUUGUCGAGGCAUCUUCGUUAAGCUGGGGCACCAGAAUAAAAGGCUUCAUUGCCUGUUUUGCUGCAGGAAUUGUCUGCUCGUUGCUGGGAACUAUGCUGCUCUGGGUCCCCAGAAAGGGACUGUACCUCUUCGCAGUGUUUUACACGUUUGGUAACAUCGCAUCCAUUGGGAGCACCGUCUUCCUCAUGGGGCCCAUGAAACAGCUGAAGCGAAUGUUCGAGCCGACACGCCUGAUCGCGACCGUCAUGGUGCUGCUGUGUUUUACGCUCACCCUGUGCUCUGCCUUUUGGUGGAAAAACAAGGGGCUCGCUCUCAUCUUCUGCAUUUUGCAGUCCUUGGCCCUGACAUGGUAUAGCCUUUCCUUCAUCCCGUAUGCAAGGGAUGCUGUGAAGAAGUGUUUUGCCGUAUGUCUUGCGUGACCCACCGUCAGUUUUGCAGAGCUUUGGAAGAAGGCGCUAAGGAUGGAAGCUGGCGGAUGGUUUUGUAAAUACCUUCUAAACCUCUUGCAGCCACGUGCCUUUUCUCUUGCAGCCACGUGUUGCUUGUGAUGCGACCAUUUGAGGGUUGUGUUUGGAGGCCGAGUUGUGUUCCCAAACCCAAAUGUCCGUAGCACGAUAUGGGGGGUGGUGUGUCUGGGUCUUAGGGAGUAGAAUGUUCCUCGUGCACCUGUGUCCUCUUUGGAUGGUGUUCCACUGGAGUCCUGAGAAUAAAAACCUUGCUAAGCAGCAGCAGAUAAGCCUUGGGAGCCGGUGAUUCCCAGGCGAUGACAGGCGGCCCCGUCAGAGAAGGCGGGGAGCCACAGUAAGGGACAGAGCUUGGGGGGGACAACAGGGACUCCGCAAACAUGCCCUCAGCAUGGAGACCGUCACCCCGCUUCACACAGCAUGGACACGCCUCUGCUCUGGGGUCUGGGAACAAGUGGUUCUCUGUGGCGACCGCUGCACACAAGCCCAUGGAGAGCCCGGUCACAGAGGGACAUGGACAUGGAGACAUUUUGGUGACACGUGUUGUUUUUAAAUUUGAACCUCAGCCUUUUGUUCUUCUCAUUUCCGCACCCGAGGAUGACAUGCAGCACACACGCUUUUUCUCUGGAGGUUUUCUUCCCCCACCCCCCACCUUUUCUCAUGAUCUCUUAGAACUCGACUGGGGACAGAGUAGUGACAGACACAUACUGGGAAGGGGAAAGUCUCGCUGCUCCCUACUCUAUUUUUUCCCCAUUAUUUAUAAAAGUUGUUUUUAAA